AUGGGGAGGGGGAAGGUGCAGCUCCGGCGGAUCGAGAACAACGUCAGCCGGCAGGUGACCUUCUCCAAGCGGCGGUCGGGGCUGCUGAAGAAGGCGCACGAGAUCGCCGUGCUCUGCGACGCCGACGUCGCCGUCAUCGUCUUCUCCGCCAAGGGCAGGCUCUACGAGUACUCCGCGCACACAAGCAUGGAAAGAAUCCUCGAGCGAUAUGAGAGAUUUUCCUUAUCUGAAGGAAACAUGGUCGAAGAAUUCACCGAUCUCGAGGGGAGUAUGAACUACGAUCAUAUCAAGUUGACUUCUAGGAUUGAAGCUCUACAAAAGAGUCGAAGGAAUCUUAUGGGAGAGCAACUGGAUUCCCUGACAGCGAGGGAAGUCCAGCAGCUUGAGCAGCAGAUUGGCAAUGCCCUCCGGAACAUCAGGCUCAAAAAGAAUCAUCUCUUGACCAACUCGAUCGGGGAGCUCCAAAACAAGGAAAGGAUGUUGAUGGAGCAAAAUAAAAUUCUGGAGAAGGAGAAGGCUGAAGUACUGGAGGCAUCCCUGCACAAGAACCGCCCUGCUCCCUUCUGCAAUAAUACAGUUGCCUCCCUGCCCAACCUGAACAUCUGAGGGACGUGACACCUCAGAGCCAGGAUCUGAGACGACGACAACGCUCAAACGAAUGAGCAGCGGUGGCGGUUAUGUCUUUCCUUGGUUGAUGCUCCGGCCGUCGUCGGAUGACUAGAGGAGGACCGAGUACUUGCAUAACAUAUGUUUUAGUGCAAGACCCUUCAGA